AUGGCAUCUCCUGGCACCGCAGAUAGAUCAGCAGACCUCAUAUCCAUCCUACGAAAAGAUCUGACUUCCGAAAAUGUCCCUCUCGCCCGUCGCUUCCGCGCCCUCUUUUCGUUGAAACAUGUUGCCUCGCAAACCACCGGCCCGCAAGCCACCGCAGCAAUUGAAGCGAUCGCAGCAGCCUUUACAUCACCAUCUGCUUUGCUAAAACAUGAGUUGGCAUACUGCCUCGGCCAGACCAAGAAUUUAGAAGCAGUACCCUUCCUACGUGCGGUCCUCGAGAACCGAUCAGAAGAUGCAAUGUGCCGACAUGAAGCAGCUGAGGCACUAGGUGCGCUGGAAGACGUUUCGAGCCUACAGAUCAUGAAACAGAUGAAGGACGACGAGAAGGAACCAGCGGUAAUCCGAGAGACAUGCGACAUUGCCGUGGAUCGUAUCGAAUGGGCGCAUUCUGAGGGUCGGAAAACCGAGGCCCUCAAAUCUAGCGACUUUGCCUCCAUCGAUCCUGCACCUCCCUUGCCCUCAUCCACAGGGGUGCCUUCAAUACCCGCUCUACAACAGACACUCCUUGACACGUCGUUGCCUCUUUUCCAGCGCUACCGAGCAAUGUUUGCGCUCCGGGACCUUGCUUCUCCCCCAGAUCUUCCCACAGCCGAACCCGCCAUUCAUGCCCUAGCUUCUGGCUUCGGAGAUCCAUCGGCACUGUUCCGACAUGAAGUCGCUUUCGUUUUCGGCCAGCUUUCUCACCCCGCAUCAAUACCUGCUUUGUCGGCUGUGCUGGAGAACUCCAAGGAAGAGAGUAUGGUUCGACAUGAGGCUGCGGAAGCUCUUGGCAGUCUAGGUGAAGAGCCUGGCGUGGAAGAUCUGCUGAAGACAUUCCUGAAUGACCCUGAGCAGGUAGUUCGCGAAAGCGUGAUUGUUGCUCUCGAUAUGGCCGAGUAUGAAAAGAAUGGCGAAAUGGAGUACGCCACCGUACCGGCAGCCGUCACUGCAUAA